UUCCAUUUCGUCGUCCCCCUCCCUCCUCCUCCCACUGCAUUAAUACUUGCCACUCUCACCCGGCCCCCGUUCCCCUCUCCUCGCCCGCUCGCGGAGCUAUAAAUCUCGGCGCCCCCGCUCCCGGACCCCGCAUUCCCGUGCGCGAGCUCCGGCGAUCGCCGGGACCGGGCGGCCAUGGGGCAGUGCUACGCGAGGAACGUGCACGGCGUCGACGCGGACGGCGGCGGCGGCGGCGUGGGGGCGACCACCAUCACGGUCUCGGCGGCGGGCGCGGCGGAGGAUGCGGCGGAGGUAGGGGGAGGAGGAGGGAGAGGGGGCGGGAGGCGGAGCGGGCGGCCGUCGCCGGCGGGGACGCCGCGCGGGGGCAGGGCGGGGGCGACGCCGGCGCGGUCGUCGGCGGCGGGCAGCCCCUGGGCGGGGAGCCCGCUCGGGCUCCCCGACGGCAUCGCGCCGUCGCCGGCGACCUCGGCGUCCACGCCGCGCCGCUUCUUCCGCCGCCCGUUCCCGCCGCCGUCCCCGGCCAAGCACAUCAAGGCGUCCCUGGUGCGCCGCCUCGGCCAGCGGUCGCCGGCCUCCGCGUCGCAGGCGCCCAAGCCACCGGUCGAGGUCCCGAUCCCGGAGCACGGGGCCGGCGCCAGCGGCGCCGGGGAGGUGGAGCGGGAGCUCGACAAGAGCUUCGGCUACGACCGCCACUUCGCCGCCAAGUACGAGCUGGGGAAGGAGGUGGGGCGCGGCCACUUCGGUCACACCUGCCUCGCGCGCGCCCGCAAGGGAGACAUGAGAGGCCAGGUCCUCGCUGUCAAGGUCAUCUCCAAAGCAAAGAUGACAACAGCAAUAUCUAUUGAGGAUGUGCGUAGAGAGGUGAAAAUUUUGAAGGCAUUAUCUGGACAUUCCAAUCUUGUCAAGUUUUAUGAUGCUUGUGAGGAUGCCCUUAAUGUCUACAUAAUCAUGGAGCUUUGUGAAGGUGGAGAAUUGUUGGACAGAAUCUUGUCAAGGGGUGGAAGAUACAAUGAAGGGGAUGCAAAAAUUAUUGUUGACCAGAUAUUAAAUGUUGUUGCUUUUUGCCAUCUUCAGGGUGUUGUUCACCGUGAUCUGAAGCCAGAGAAUUUUCUAUUCAGCACUAAGGAUGAGCAUUCUCCUAUGAAGAUAAUUGAUUUUGGCCUCUCAGAUUUUAUAAGACCAGAUGAAAGGCUUAAUGAUAUUGUUGGCAGUGCAUACUAUGUUGCUCCAGAAGUCUUGCAUAGGUCAUAUAGUACAGAAGCAGACAUGUGGAGUAUUGGUGUUAUCACUUAUAUAUUACUUUGUGGUAGCAGACCAUUCUGGGCACGAACUGAAUCAGGGAUUUUCCGCUCAGUGCUGCGAGCUGACCCUAAUUUUGAUGACACACCAUGGCAAUCAGUAUCUCCUGAAGCUAAAGAUUUUGUCAAAAGACUUCUUAACAAGGACUACAGAAAAAGAAUGACUGCUGCCCAGGCACUCUCUCACCCCUGGUUGCGAGAUGAGCACCGACAAAUACCUCUGGAUAUGCUAGUAUUCAAGUUGGUCAAGGCAUAUCUUCGUUCGACGCCACUCAAACGGGCAGCACUGAAGGCUUUGUCAAGAGCAGUAACAGAAGAUGAGCUUAUCUACAUCAGAGCACAAUACAACUUGUUAGAGCCAAACAGCAGAGAUGGUCGAAUUUGUAUCGACAACUUCAGGAUGGCUCUUUUACAGAACUCUACAGAUGCUAUGAAGGAAUCCAGAACGCUUGAGAUCUUAAAUGCGCUGGAGCCACUCGCAUAUAGGAGAAUGGACUUUGAGGAGUUCCGAGCAGCUACAAUCAGCCCUUACCAGCUAGAGGCUGUGUCACGGUGGGAAGAAAUUGCCAGUACUGCAUUUGAGUACUUUGAGCAGGAAGGCAACCGUGCUAUCACAAUUGAGGAGCUAGCUCAGGAGAUGAAUCUUUCCUCAGCGGCGUAUUCCAUCGUUCGUGACUGGAUUAGACCGUCGGAUGGCAAGCUUAGCUUUCUAGGGUACACCAAGUUUUUGCAUGGAUUGACUAUGCGAAGCGGCAAUGCGAGGCGGCACAAUUGAUUCUUUUGCUGCCCUGGUAGUUGCCUGAAUUGGUUCCAUUGGUUUUGUUCAUGGGGAGUUGGAGGGAUGCUGGUGUUUUUGUCUCCUUUUGGUGGCUUAGCUUAUUGUAGAAUGCUUGUAGAGAGAGGGGGGAAAAAGAAAAAAGAAACUGAAAGUGAUAGCUCAAAAUGGAGUUGUAGAAGAAAGGUCAUGUUUUGCCUCUUGGUUCUGGUACAUUGUUCGUUGUUGGCUAUGAAUGGGCAUUGUACAGCUGGCGCCCAUGCUGCAUGCUGCAAUGGGUCAA